GUAGGGGGCACCGGCGUGCGGCACGGCCGAGCCCCCAGGUAGCUCCGCGCGCACAGCAGGACCGUCAUUGACGCCAUGAGCGCGCUGCUGCGGCUGCUGCGCACGGGUGCCCCAGCCGCUGCGUGCCUGCGGUUGGGGACCAGUGCAGGGACUGGGUCGCGCCGUGCUAUGGCCCUGUACCACACUGAGGAGCGCGGCCAGCCCUGCUCGCAGAAUUACCGCCUCUUCUUUAAGAAUGUAACUGGUCACUACAUUUCCCCCUUUCAUGAUAUUCCUCUGAAGGUGAACUCUAAAGAGGAAAAUGGCAUUCCUAUGAAGAAAGCACGAAAUGAUGAAUAUGAGAAUCUGUUUAAUAUGAUUGUAGAAAUACCUCGGUGGACAAAUGCUAAAAUGGAGAUUGCCACCAAGGAGCCAAUGAAUCCCAUUAAACAAUAUGUAAAGGAUGGAAAGCUACGCUAUGUGGCGAAUAUCUUCCCUUACAAGGGUUAUAUAUGGAAUUAUGGUACCCUCCCUCAGACUUGGGAAGAUCCCCAUGAAAAAGAUAAGAGCACGAACUGCUUUGGAGAUAAUGAUCCUAUUGAUGUUUGCGAAAUAGGCUCAAAGAUUCUUUCUUGUGGAGAAGUUAUUCAUGUGAAGAUCCUUGGAAUUUUGGCUCUUAUUGAUGAAGGUGAAACAGAUUGGAAAUUAAUUGCUAUCAAUGUGAAUGAUCCUGAAGCCUCAAAGUUUCAUGGUCUCAGAAAUAUUCCAGUAUAUACAAUAAAUCGCAUAGUCAUCCUGCCUUCACUUGACAGGAGCCAAACUUCCAGCCUAUCCUACCUGCCUGCACAUCAGGAUUCCUGUGUGCCCCUGGAUGCAGCCCUACAUGUUGUUUUGUAUUUUUGUUCCCUCUUGGGUCUUGGGUUUUUGAGUCUUUUUGAUGUUAAUCUGUUUAUAAGGUAUCUAUUUUAGGUAGGUUAGCCUGAGGGAGUACAUUGAAACACGAAUUUAGUGCCCCUCCUGUCAAAAGGUCUCUGUUUUUUCCAAAGCAGAAUGCUUUGGAAACUUGAGGAGUCUUUUUAUUUGCUGAUAAUUUGGUUAAUAUGCUUGAACUCAGUGAAAGCCUAAUUUCAGAAAUAAAUAUUUAUAAGUACUUCACUCAAGUAAUUCUAUUUAUAUAUUCCCUCUCCAUUCCAAAUGUUUAAAAGAGGGGUUAAUUUAACUUCAACACAGUGGAAAAAAAUAAAUUUAUAAGAACUAAAUUGUAAUAAUAUUAGAGAUAAAAGUAAACGUGUCUGUUGUUAAAUAAGAAAUUAAUUACAAAUUCAUUUAGGGUCUUUACUGUAAGUGAAAAACUAUAUGUGCAUAGCAAAAAGUUAUUAAUAAGUAUGCAUGUGUAUGUGUAUAUAUGUAUACCUAGAUACUUUUUAUAUAUGUUAUUUUUAGUCUUUCUGUUUGUUUAUAACUAUGCCUACCUACAUUGAUUUUUCAGGAGCAUUAUUAUACAAAUUAAAAUAACUGUCAAUAUUAAUGAAAAUCUGUUUAGUAUUUUUCUAAAAAAAUUAACUCAUGUUUGUGUAUUUAUUUAUUUAUUCAUUUAUUUAUUUUUGAGGUGGAGUCUCACUCUGUCACCCAGGCUGGAGUGCAGUGGCAGGAUCUCGGCUCACUGCAAGCUCUGCCUCCCAGGUUCAUGCCAUUCUCCUGCCUCAGCCUCCCGAGUAGCUGAGACUACAGGUGCCCGCCACCACGCCCAGCUAAUUUUUUGUAUUUUUUUAGUAGAGACAGGGUUUCAACGUGUUAGCCAGGAUGGUCUCGAUCUCCUGACCUUGUGAUCUGCCUGCCUCGGCCUCCCAAAGUGCUGGGAUUACAGGUGUGAGCCACCGCGCCUGGCCUGUGUAUUUAUUUUUGAAAGAUAAAAGCUUGUAAAGCUAUUAAUUUGCCUGUAAGUAUAACUUUGGCUGUGUUCAUGGACAAAGUUUUGGGGAAUUGGAGAGAUAGUGAUUGAUAUUUGUUAAGAAUUAUUCCCUUUUAUUAGGUGAUUUUCACCCAUUAUUUAAUCCCCAUGACAACCUUGGUUUCUUCUUCCCUAUUCUGGAUUUGAAGAAACAAGGUAGUACAUUUUUCCCAAAGUGAUACAAUAUGGAAGUACCAGAAAUGGAAUUUAAACUUAGUGCUAUCUGAUUCCAAACAUGUUUUUCUUUAGUUCUUGUUAGAAACUUCCUGAGUGUUCUCAUUGUCAUUAUUUUCUGAAUAUUUUUAGAGUUUUGAUUUUCUUUUGGACUCAAAAGUUAUUUAUUUAGUAAGACUUUUUAUUCUUUGUUUAUUUGCUUUUAAUAUUUAUCUUUUAAUUAUAUUUAAAAAAUCAGGGGAUUGGGGGUGGUUCUUUUUCAGUAGGCAAGAGUUUUUAAAUGUGUUUAUUGUUGAUCUUUAAAUUUAUUAUAUUGUACUUAUAGAAUGUGUUGUCUUAAUUUCCAUAUGUUUAAAAUUUCUUAACAUUUUCUUUGUUUUUGGUAUAUAAUUAUUUUUAAAGGUUAUUGUUUUAAUAUGUCUCUAGAUUAAAUAGGUCUCAUACUUUCUCUAAAUUUCUCUCUCAUAUAUACUGUUCAUGGUCUUUGUAUAUAAAAUAUACCUUAUCAAUUUGGCUUUUGAAGUCAUAUCAUUACUAUUAACUUACUUCCAAAGUAUGUUUAAUUCUGAAGUGUGGGUAAUAUUGAAGUCUUGGCAAACGCAUGUGAUUAGAAACCCCCCUGGUGCAACAGAGUGUGUUUUUGGAUUCAAAAAAAAAAAAGAGUAGAAAGAAUUUUCUAAUUAGAUUUUAGAAACAAGUGAAUUGGUUUAUAUGGAAAGGAAAUUUGGUUAUAUGAAAGAUAUACAGUAUCCCCAGUGAAGGAAAAAAAAAGUCAUAAAUGUUUCUCUUAGAAAGUAUUGUGUUAGAUUUAUCUCAUGUCUGCAGAGAUAAAAUGGUAGGUUUUCAUUAAGUUAUUAUAGGUUUUCUUUUAUAGAAACAUAAACCAAAGUUAGUUAAGAAAAACUAAAUUAAAGUGAGAGCUCUGGACUUGGAAAAACCCAAUGGAACCUUAAGAUUUGUCUGUUAUAUUGCUUCAUUAUUACCUGUUUUUCAACUGGAAUUUUAGAGAGAAAUUUAUGAUAUUUUCAAUGUAUUUAUAUAGAACUAUGAUUAUUUAUAAAACAUAUUUUUAUAGUUUUAAUAUAAAAAUUCCCUUAAGGAGAUUCUAUAUAAUCUUUGUUAAUUAAACUUUCAAAUUUGAAAAUAAAUCAUGGCUGCACACUA